CAGAUUGACAUAGACAUAACUUGAAGUGUAGAAUUAAAGCAGAAAAGUUGUCACGUCAUAUUAUGUGAAAUGGAUCACUUAAAAGGACGUGUUGCUGUGGUCACAGGAGCUAGCGCCGGUAUCGGCGCAGCUACAGCUAUUAAACUAGUUAAGGCUGGCCUUACGGUUGUGGGAAUAGCUAGAAGGCUACAAAGACUUCAGGAUUUAAAAAAAAUGAUGGAAGAAAAAAACUUCAGUGGUCGGUUUUUUACAGUAGCAUGUGAUUUGACGAACGAAACAGACAUAUUGAAUGCUUUUAAAUGGAUUGAUGACAAUAUUGGUGGUAUUCAUUUUAUGAUUAACAAUGCCGGAAUAAUAAGGAUAUCUAAAAUUUUAGACGGUUUGGCCGAACAUUGGCAAGAAUUAAUCGACUGUAAUGUAAUGGCACCAACAAUCUGUUCAAGGGAAGCUUAUAAAUUGAUGAAGAAGCAUAACGUUAGUCAUGGGCAUAUUAUACAAAUCAAUAGCAUUACGGGCCAUUCGUAUUCAAUUAAUCCUGGAAACAAGAUGUACAAUGCGUCUAAACAAGCUCUUAGAGUACUGACCGAAGGCCUUCGUCACGAAUUGGCUGUGGCCGGUGAUGGCCAUAUAAAAGCUUCCAGCAUCAGUCCUGGUUUCGUCGACACAGAAAUAUUCGAUGCAGCUAAAAUGUCGCACAAUAAAAUGAAAGCGUCUGAUAUCUUGAGCGCAGAAGAAAUGGCCGAUAUGAUCUGUUUCGUCAUGUCAACCGGACCAAAUAUAUUGAUUGCUGAAAUGAUUGUUCUAAGCCAAGGUCGUUGUAUCCAAUCGUAUCCUCGUGCAUAACAUGUAUAGCCAACAGGCCAAAAAGUUAUUUUUCUCUGCAUGUAUGAAUAAACUAUGAUCACGUCAUAAUAAUGUAGUUAGUGUAAAAUUCACUGUUAACAUUCUAAUGAUAUUAAAUAUGAACACGAAAGAAUAAAUGUAUAAUAUGGAAAAUA